CGGUGCUUCUCUCGCUAAAACUUUUGACAUUUAUGACAUUCGUUCACAGAAAAUUAGAAAAAUGGAAAUGAAAAAUAUUAAAAAGGCAAUGGAAUAAAUAUAGAGGUAGAGUGAUUGUAUUGUGGUAUAAAACGAACUAGAAAUUGCUUAUUCAACUGGAGAAUUUUUUAAUUUCUGUCAUUUGGCCCUUUUAUUUCACAAGGUAAUAUGAAAAUAAAUGAGAAAAAUUUGUGUUCUUUUGCCGUGUCUGCGACUCCUGUUGAUAAAGAGGGGUAUUUGAAUAAAAGAGGUGAAGUGAAUAAAAAUUUUCAAAGGCGUUACUUCCUAUUGAAAGGCAAUUUACUUUUUUAUUUUGAUAAAAAAGGCGACAGGGAACCAGUUGGAGUUAUCAUAUUGGAGGGCUGUUCCAUUGAAUUAGCUGAGGAUGAUGAACAAUUCAGUUUCAAAAUUGAAUUUCAUGGAAUAAAUAACAGAAGUUAUGUUCUUGGAGCUGAAUCUCAAGAAUCUAUGGAACAGUGGAUGAAAGCUUUGGCUUGUGCUGGUUAUGACUAUAUGAAAUUAAUGGUAGCUGAACUUCAAAGACAAUUAGAUGAUAUAGAAGAGACACCCUUACCACUUCCAUCCUCACAAGUAAUGAGUUCUCCAGUUCCACCUCCAAGGACGAGGCACAACCCUUUCAACAAACCCGAGAUCAACCCUCAUCAAAGGUCAAAUAGUUUGAGGUCUACAUGCUCAAAUUCAAGUCGCUUGGAUGAGACCAGGUAUUCAGAGAAUAACUUAGCAGUUGCAGCAACUCCUAAAAUAAGUAUAAGUUUCCGAGAACUUCACAAUUCCUAUGGAAGACCAAUUUUGAAGGACUUCAAUUAUUGGAAGCACGAACGGAAGGAGAAAUCAGAAACUGUAGAAAAUCUCAUUUCUUUUUGAGAUAAGCACUGAUAAAUUACCGAUGAUUCGAUGUUCCCCAUUACCUAAACAAUCAGAAGAUGACUAAAAUCUUCACUUUCAAUACUCUCAAUUGCAAGAUAUCUCAAAAAAUACCCUUUUGGCAGAGAAGACAGCAAAAAUCCAAGAAUUACAGACCUUUUGGUUCUCUUACCUAAAAUUAACUUCCAUUCAUGUAUACUAUACUAUGUGUAUUAAUCUGAUUAUUAACAUAACCUGUAAUGUACUAGUUGUUUGGGUUUUGAGUAGAUUUGAGACAAAAUGAAUAUGAGUAAAUUUUGUAAUAAUA